AGAGAAUAAAAGAAGAAAAAUAUUUUCGAAGGAACUCGCAACGCAAAUCAAACGUGAAAUUCGUAAAAUUCGUAGAGCAGAUAAAUCGGCCGUGUAUACACGCAGAUUAUAUAGAUCAUGCCGCACAGGAGGCCGUUACGCAAUGGCGAGCUUUCGUUAAUGGGCUAACGGCGAUCGAAGGCGUGCCAAUGUAAUUGACUCGAGCGAAUUAAUGGAUGACCCGGGAGAGGAUGCGAAAUCAGUACAAUUGAACGAUGAUAGUAAAAAACAAAAUCAUAGCGAGAUCGAGAAGCGUCGACGGGACAAAAUGAACACAUACAUCACGGAGCUCUCGGCAAUGGUGCCGAUGUGUCACGCGAUGUCUCGGAAAUUGGACAAACUGACAGUCCUAAGGAUGGCAGUGCAGCAUCUCAAGACAAUCUUAGGUGCCGUCACGUCGUAUACCGAGGGCCACUACAAACCGGCAUUACUAAAAACUCUAAUUUUACAGGCAACCGAGGGUUUCGUCUUCGUCGUCGGCUGCGACCGGGGCAGGAUUCUUUACGUAUCCAAAUCCGUUUCGCAGACGCUUAAUUAUUCUCAGGGCGAUUUACUGGGCCAGAGUUGGUUCGACAUCCUCCAUCCGAAGGACGUCGCCAAAGUAAAGGAGCAGCUCUCCUCGUCCGAUCUCAGUCCUCGUGAACGGCUCAUCGAUGCCAAAACAAUGCUCCCGGUGAAAACCGACGUUCCUCAAGGCGUGUCCAGGCUUUGUCCCGGUGCCCGACGUUCCUUCUUCUGCAGGAUGAAACGGAAAGUCAAUACGCGAUGUGCCGAGUCGCAAAUCAAGGAGGAAGCGGACACGACGACUGGUUGUCACAGGAGAAAAAAGCAACAAAAUCAUGACUGGAAGUAUUGCGUAAUUCAGUGCACGGGUUACCUCAAGUCCUGGGCCCCAGCAAAAAUCGGCCUUGAAGAGCAGGAGACAGAUGUCGACGACGAGGCCUGCAACCUCUCGUGCCUCGUAGCUGUCGGUAGAGUGCAGGUACCCUUCGUUGCCCCGUCCUCGACACCUCGGCGACUGAGACUCCGGACCAUCGAGUUUGUCUCACGCCACGCCAUGGACGGCAAGUUCCUCUUCGUAGACCAAAGAGCCACAUCGGUUUUGGGAUUUCUUCCUCAAGAAUUAUUAGGAACCAGUAUGUACGAAUAUUAUCAUCACGAUGAUAUUCCACAUCUGGCGGAAUCACAUAAGACAGCACUUCAAUCAUCCGAACGUGUCACAACUCAGGUAUAUAGGUUUCGAAGUAAAGCUGCUGGUUUCGUUAAAUUUUGCUCAGAAUGGAAAUCAUUUAAGAACCCCUGGACCAAGGAUAUUGAAUACCUCAUAGCUAAAAAUUCGGCUGUCUUUUCGGACACACGACAAGUGGAAAGCAGCGCAAGCCGAUCUGAAGGAGGUAGUGUUCAAGAAAACUAUGACUACUUCACGCAAAGUAACGGUGAACUAGAAAGGCUAAUAUCGAGUCAUGUGGAAGUAAGUAAGAUUGGACGCCAAAUAGCGGAAGAGGUUCUAGAUCUUCAAAGACGAAGCGAUCAAGAUUCAUCAUCAGGUAACAGUCCAACGCCCGCGCCAGAAUCUACUUUACUCAAUACCGAGUCCCAAAUAACAACAACAGCCUCUCCGGAGCAGGCCUCCGAGGUUCACCAGCUAAUAGGUAAUGAGAACAGUAGUAGUAAUCCCGCAACGACGUAUAAUCACUUGAGCAGCAAUGUGCAAUUAAACAUUAUCGCUAAUGAUCAAGAGCCGUCGGGCGAAGAGGACAUGAUGGAAAUGAUCGGUGGCACAACGAUCGGGGAGUCGUCAAACCCGGUACCGAGCGACGGCAACGACGAAGCGGCAAUGGCUGUGAUAAUGAGUCUACUGGAGGCUGACGCUGGACUCGGCGGACCCGUUGACUUUUCCGGACUGCCCUGGCCCUUGCCCUAGCGCCAACCUUCCUCAUCACCGUUUCAUCGCAUCGAUGAAGCGUACUACUCUGCGACCUUGCCAACUCUUUCGUUUCGAUAGUUACUAUUGGCUCUUGU